AUGCCAGAGCAUAUUCUCAUAUUUGGUGCCACUGGCCUAUCGGGUAUCGAAUUCUGCUUUUCUGCGUUGCAACAAGGGCACCAGCUUACCCUGCUUGUACGGAGUCCUCACAAACUCCCUAGGGAGAUUGCCAGCAACGUCAAUGUUACGGUCAUUGAGGGUACGUUUGAGGAUGUAAAGAAGUUGGAACAAGCGGCAGGCGCUGGACCCCAGAUCUUUAUCUCCUUCGCAGGACCCCCAGGAAUGUCAAAGGGCACGCAUAUCACAAAUGCGAUGAAGCUCAUUUUUCCUAUGUUGGUGGCCAACAAGUAUAAACGCGCCAUGGUGCUUGGCACAUGUUCAUAUCCUGCACCACAAGACAAAGUGAACGCAACCUAUACGGGAUACGGCGAUGAUGGGCUUUUUCUUUCCAGAAAAGGCAUGGUCAGAUGGGUUUUGCAAGAGAUGUGUGAAGAUUCUCCAUGGGUCGGCAAGGCGCCAGCCAUUUCAAACCACUGA